GCUGGAGUGCAGAUAUUUACAAGAUCGCUAACUACUUUUAAGAAUCUUCUCCGGCUACGGAAGAGAAUGAAACGCUACGCAAUCCUCCUUCUGCUUGCUCUCUCGAUCGCCAAUGUUGUUCAUGCUCGUUUCAUAGCCGACGAUUUCAUCCAGUUACCAUCGGAGAAACGUGACUCCGAUGACUUAGUUGGUACCCGAUGGGCUGUCUUGCUUGCCGGAUCUAACGGUUACUGGAAUUACAGGCAUCAGGCGGAUGUAUGUCAUGCAUAUCAAAUCUUGAAAAACGGUGGCCUCAAGGAUGAAAACAUUGUGGUUUUCAUGUAUGACGACAUUGCAAAUAAUGAAGAGAACCCCAGGUCUGGAGUCAUUAUUAAUCGCCCAGAUGGCGAUGAUGUAUAUCAUGGAGUGCCAAAGGAUUACACCGGGGAAGAUGUCACCGUUGACAACUUUUUUGGUGUUCUGCUAGGAAAUAAAACUGCAGUUAGAGGUGGCAGCGGAAAGGUUGUGAAUAGCGGUCCCAAUGAUCACAUUUUUAUAUACUAUACUGAUCAUGGUGGUCCAGGUGUGCUUGGGAUGCCUACAAGUCCUUACAUGUAUGCAAAUGAUCUGAUUGAGGUCUUGAAAAAAAAGCAUGCUUCUGGAACAUAUAAAAGCUUGGUAUUUUACCUUGAAGCAUGUGAAUCUGGAAGUAUUUUCGAGGGUCUUCUCCCUGAGGGUUUGAAUAUCUAUGCAACCACAGCAUCUGGUCCAGAUGAGAACAGCUGGGGUACAUACUGUCCUGGAGAUUAUCCUAGUGCACCCCCAGAAUAUGAUACCUGUCUGGGUGACUUGUACAGUGUUGCAUGGAUGGAGGACAGUGAAGCACACAACCUGCAAACAGAAACAGUUAGGCAGCAAUAUCAUCUGGUUAAAGAAAGAACUUCAAACGGAAACUCCAAUUACGGAUCCCAUGUAAUGCAGUAUGGGGACUUGCAGCUUAGCAUGGAUGAACUGUACCUGUAUCUGGGUACAAACCCUGCAAACGAGAACCUCACUUUUGUUGAUAGUAGCUCCCUACGACCAUCUUCAAAAGCUGUCAACCAACGUGAUGCUGAUCUCUUACACUUCUGGCAUAAGUACCGGAAGGCUCCAGAAGGAUCAAGUAGGAAGACAGAAUCUUGGAGACAGCUUGCUGAAGCAAUGUCUCACAGAAUGCACAUUGACAUCAGUAUAAAACUGGUGGGGAAGGUUUUGUUUGGAAUGAAGAAGGGUGUGGAGAUACUGGAUGGUGUCCGACCUGCAGGCCAACCGCUAGUCGAUGACUGGGACUGCCUUAAAACAUUGGUGAGGAGUUUCGAGACACACUGCGGAUCCCUAUCACAGUAUGGUAUGAAACACAUGCGUUCCAUAGCAAACUUUUGCAAUGCCGGAAUCAGCAAGGAACAGAUGACGGAGGCAUCAUCGCAAGCAUGCCCGAACUUUCCAUCAAAUUCUUGGAGCUCGCUUGCCAACGGAUUCAGUGCGUAAUGAGAAUGAUUUGGAUUCAAUGGAAGAUAUACGUUUCAUGGUUUUGCGUAUUCCAUUCCAUCUUUAACAACACCGUAUUUCCCAUCUACGUCUAGCGUGCAUUAGCCAACAAUGCUAGCUUCUUUGUAUAUACACAAUACUUAACCAUAUAUAUCCCUCUAUCAUUCAUGCUUUAGUA